AUGAAUCUCACCAGACCCAGGCUUUGGUGUGGGGUGGUCCCUCGGCAGGCAGGAUGUGCAGUGCCCUCAUCCCGGCACAGCGCUCGCAUCCCGGCACAUCCCGGCACAGCCCGCACAUCCCGGUGCAUCCCGCGCAUCCCGCACAUCCCGGCACAGCCCGUUCAUCCCGGCACAGCCCGUUCAUCCCGGCACAUCCCGCGCAUCCCGGCACAGCCCGUUCAUCCCGGCACAGAGCGCAUCCCGGCACAUCCCGCGCAUCCCGGUGCAUCCCGCGCAUCCCGCACAUCCCGGUACAGCCCGUUCAUCCCGGCACAGCCCGCGCAUCCCGGCACAUCCCCCGCAUCCCGGCACAGCCCGUUCAUCCCGGCACAGUGCGGUCAUCCCGGCACAGUGCGGUCAUCCCGGCACAGCCCGCACAUCCCAGCACAUCCCGCGCAUCCCGGCACAGCCCGUUCAUCCCGGCACAGUGCGGUCAUCCCGGCACAGCUCGCACAUCCCGGCGCAUCCCGGCACAUCCCGGCACAGCCCGCGCAUCCUGGCACAGCCCGCGCAUCCCGGCACAGCGCGCACAUCCCGGCACAGCGCGCACAUCCCGCGCAUCCCGCGCAUCCCGGCACAUCCCGGCACAUCCCGGCACAGCCCGCGCAUCCCGGCACAGCCCGCACAUCCCGGCACAGCGCGCACAUCCCGGCACAUCCCGGCACAUCCCGGCACAUCCCGGCACAGCCCGUUCAUCCCGGCACAUCCCGGCACAUCCCGGCACAUCCCGGCACAGCCCGUUCAUCCCGGCACAUCCCGGCACAUCCCGGCACAGCCCGUUCAUCCCGGCACAUCCCGGCACAUCCCGGCACAUCCCGGCACAGCCCGCUCAUCCCGGCACAUCCCGGCACAUCCCGGCACAGCCCGCGCAUCCCGGCACAGCCCGCACAUCCCGGCACAGCGCGCACAUCCCGGCACAUCCCGGCACAUCCCGGCACAUCCCGGCACAGCCCGUUCAUCCCGGCACAUCCCGGCACAUCCCGGCACAGCCCGGCACAGCCCGCUCAUCCCGGCACAUCCCGGCACAUCCCGGCACAGCGCGCACAUCCCGCGCAUCCCGCGCAUCCCGGCACAUCCCGGCACAUCCCGGCACAGCCCGCGCAUCCCGGCACAGCCCGCACAUCCCGGCACAGCGCGCACAUCCCGGCACAUCCCGGCACAGCCCGCGCAUCCCGGCACAGCGCGCAGCAUGCGCGGCUCGGGGCGCUGCGGGGACCGGCCUCAGGAUGGCAGCAGCAGAUGGAGAAAAGCUCCCGACAGCCAGCUCCUACCCAAACUGCAUCCUGGGCUGCUGCAAACAAGCGAAACGCAGGCUUAACGCUGCAGCAACAAACCACAAAAUCAGUUUAG